CCGCCUCGCGGUGCAUGCUGGGAGACUGAGGCAGAGCAGCAGUGGCAGCAGCAGCGGGAGGCUGACUCAACCUUUACUUCUGCUUUACUUCCAGCCGUUCUACCCUGUGCAGCCGGCUCCAUCUGACAAUCUGCGGACAGUACUUGCUUUAACCGAGUCAUGGACAUCAGUGGACGACAUCUCACGAUGUGAAACAAUGGUCGAAUUAAGAGGCUCAGCAGUGGAGCAGACAGACCAGUGCAAACACAAAGAUCGGGCUAUUGGAGCUCAUCCAGGAACUUUACAGGAGGAAACAGGUGUAGCCAGGAGGAUUCGUUGAUUGCCAGAGAAUCAUGGAGCCAGAUGUGAUCCGCAUGUACUCCUCCUCCCCGCCGCCAAUGGAGGACGGUGCAGAGGAAGAGGAGGACGAGUUCGGAGACUUCGGCACCUUCUCUGGCGUCCCAAACAGCAUCAGCUUCACAGACUUCGACACACCGACCACUUUUAACCAGACCCAAGCUUUGACCGCCACCUCCCCACCGGAGCUCAUUAACAACAGAAGGGCGAUAGGAUUCAGCCACAGCUCCUCUAAUGGCACCCACAGCCCCAGUAAUGAGCUGGCUAAGGCUAAUGGCGUCCUGCCAGCGAGCCACCUGGGCAGCAGCCCCUCAGAAAGAACUGAGAUGAAAAGGGUCCUCACCAGCUCCCUGGAUUUCUCGGUGAGCGACACGGCUGGCGACGAGCUCGCCGAUUGCAACCGUGGAGGCACAGAGGUGCUGACAAAUGGGUUUGUAACUUUUGACGUUCAGGGAAGCCCUUCCUCGCAGAAUUCUGUCCACUCUCAUGUAAAAGGAUUGUCCACCGAGGACAUGGGCGGCGUCCCUGUCUGCAACCCAGAGGACGAUUUUGCAGACUUUGCUGCUUUUUCCAAUGCUGAAGGACACCUUAGCCAGACGGCAAAAGAGGACGUGGACAAUCCCACGGGGGGUAGCUGGCCGGCGGAGAAUUCCUGCCACGACGAGCGCUGUAAUAUAGAGCAGGGAACGACUUCAGAGGACAAUGUCAGGGACCCAAACAGAACUGGACCCGACACAUGUGGCUCCGAUUCCAUAUCUGUUCCCACUGAGGCCCCGGACAGCUCGUGCGACACGGACUGGGGCUCUCGCACAGAUGCUGGCACUCAACAAAGGGAUGUAGCCUUUGCAGAGGAGCACUCCGCCGCGGAGGCAGUUUGCACUAACAAACCCUUAACUCUGAACGGGGUGGAUGUAGCCGACAGGGACGAAUCCAAAGAUGACGGGAGAUGCGGUGAAAACGACCGCUCACCUGACGCAGCUGCAGACAGUGAGGCGGCACAGUCGGACGGGAAGGGGAAUGAGACUGAGACCGAGACGGAGACGGAGACGUCUUUCGGCCGACCGCUGUCGACGGACGCUCUAGAGGAGUACGGUGACAUGAGCACCACAGGCUCGGUGCCCUCUCCGCCCCUGCAAGGGGAUACCGCUACGCCCGCCGACCACAGCCAGCUGGCAGAGGACGACGAGGACGAGGACUUUGGGGACUUUGGAGACGCCGGGUCGUUUGGCGGUCAGGGCUUUGCCGAUUUUGAGCAGCUGGAGGUCCAGCAGGAGGAGAGCCGUGUGACCUGCUCUGCUCCUGCCCAGGCAGCUACAAACACUGAGGGGGAUGACGGCUUGACUUCCCCUCCCCCAAUUCAACACACAAAUGGAAAAUGAGGGACAGGAUGAGGGAGGUGCACAGACUUCUUCCCUGUCAGUUUUGGGAACUUCAGCUCCGCUCUGCUGGAGGCACAAGAAGAAGGUGAGGCGGAGGCAGGGGCGCGCAGAGCAGCAGCAGCAGCAGCAGGCAGCAGAGGAGGGGUCCCGGCGGCGGGCCUUGCGGACAGGCGUCGCUCUCCUCCUGCGGACGACAGGGAGGAGGAGGAGGAGGAGGCGGAAGAAGAAGCGGGGGAGGAGUGGCAUGAAAGUGAACCUCCUGCAGUCAGCGAGGACACCGGCAGGACAGACAGAGAGGCGGCGUCACUGUUGAGUCGCCUGGAGAAACUGUUUCGGAACAGCUUCCCUCAGACUGCCGCCCCCCCUGUGGAGGACGAGGUAGUGUCCCUAAAGAUCCUGCUGGAGCCUCCGGGGGACAAACCACAGCCGGGAGCUGAGCAGGAGAAGAGGUCGCCAUGCAACAGGUCCCUGUGUGGCGGUGUGUGGACUCAGCUUCAGGACAUCCACGAGGCGUUCGGCCUCAGAUACCAGUGGGGGGGCUCCUACUGUAACAAAGCACUACUCUGCUGCCUGGGCAUCGACACCAGAAACAUUCUGUUCACGGGACAGAAGAAGCAGCCGGUCAUCGUGCCUAUGUUCGCCGCCAGCCUGGGGAUGCUGGAACCAACCAAAGAGCCUGUGAAGCCCGUCUCAGCGGCAGAGAUGAUCGCUUCGAUAGCCCAGGCGCCUCCAGUGGCUCCAGAGAAAAGCUCCUGUCCCUCAGACACAGUCCAGGAGGCGCUCCCACCCGUCCAGUUCGACUGGAGCAGCAGUGGCCUUACAAACCCCCUGGACGCGAGCGGAGGCUCGUCUCUCUUAAACCUGGAUUUCUUUGGUCCUGUGGAGGAUUCAGGCUCCACCAGCUCACCGUCCAUCCCAGGCGUGGACCCCGAGUUGUACGAGCUGACGACGGCCAAGCUGGACCCCGGAAGCUCCGGCAGCCGGAUGGCGGACGCUUUCGCACGCCUUAUGUCCACCAUGGAGAAGACCAGCACCUCCACCAGGAAGCCAAGGAAAGACGAGAACCUGAGCGAGGAGGCGGCCAAAGUGAUCGCAGGUCUGCCCGACCUUUCCUUCAUGCAGGCCAAGGUGCUGAUGUUUCCCGCCACGCUGACGCCGCUCAGCUCCCAGGCCACGUCGGACUGAAGCCCCGCUCCCCACUGACCCCGCACCUGACAGCUCCCUUCCCGGGCCCCGCCCACAUUUGUCAUUUGCCCCCGCCCACUGACUCAGUCCAUUUUAUCAAGUUCUCAUCUUUUUUUGUUCUCUUGCUGCGUCAUAGCGCCUCCCUCCCUUUCAUACAUAUUUUUUUAAGAUUUGCGCUUUUGUUUUUUGACUUAUAACUUUUCAAAAUAAAGCUCAGCAUUUAUCAUCAGGGGAACAGCUCGGAGCGCUUGGCCGGCGACCUGCACAUUUAACGGAGUAGGAGAUCAGAUCAUUCAUUUAUAGAGGAAGGUUUAGAAGUGUGUGCUGUUGAUAUCUAGAAGAAUCAUCGUGUAUAUAAUCAGGGAUUAAAUGUUUAUUUUCCCUUUGUGUUUUUUAGAUUCUGAAUGAUUUUUGGAGGAAGAUUUUAUGUCUCUGGUGGGAGUGUGUUUAUGUCUGUGAAGGAAACACUGGCUGAAGCUCUUUGAAUCAAAUUGAAGUUGAACACUAUAUAUAUCUAUAUCUAUAUCUAUCUAUAUCUAUAUAUAGAUAUAGAUAUCUAUAUAUAUCUAUAUAGAUAGAGAUAUAUAGAUAUAUAUCUAUAUAUAUACAGAUAUAAAACAUAUAUAAAACCUAUAUAUUUAUCAACUUGAAACCACACUGCCUGCGAAAUCCAGCUGAAUGUUUCGUCCCCUUGUGUUGAAAGGCCUUCGUUUUUACCUUCAGUCAGUAGAUUUUAACCUGAUUUUCUUUAACCCACAGUGUCCACACCAUCUUUGUCUUUUUUUGUAAUUUAACGUAGCUUUUUAACAUAAAUUAUGUCCAACCCCCCACAGUUGCUGCAGUCCAUCCUGCAUCUGUAGAACACAGGAGGACUGAUGUUUUUAUUCUUUCGUAUGGGAAACUUCCACCGACCGAACGCUGGUAAAUCCGCCGAGUUGAUGUGUUCUCAGUUGUCCUUUGGAGCUUUUAUUUCUAUUCCACGUUGGAACAUUUUCCAGAUGUUGGUGGAUGAGAACAACUUUCCUUCCUUGCUUGUGUCCAAUGUCUUACUGUUAAUUUUUGUUUUCUGGGGGUUAAAAAUGGGACAUUUUGGUUAGAACCACUGAAACUCUGAAAGUUUAUCAGCAGUGAAGGUUAACUCACAUCAGAAGGGAAUUAAGGGACCAAUUUCUGCAUCCAUGUCUUGGGUUAUGUACACUGUUCCUGAUAUGAAGUGCUUUUUGUUGUUGCGGCUCUUAUUUUCUCAUGCGAUAUUUUUUGUUUUGGGUUUUGUUGGUUUUUGGCUCAUACUACUGUCAGCCCCGUCUCCCAGGAGGAUUUUGCACAUUGUAAAGAUGAAAUGGAUGUAAUCAUAGUUCACUGUGGCUUUAGACUGUGUACAGUUAAACUAUGGACUGUAAAAUGUACGGGAAAAUUCCUAUGGAAAAAAACUGAAUCACUUGAAGAGCCUGUCAAAAGGUUAUCGUGCAUGCCCAGGUUCUUUUGAGACUAUAAGUGUGUAAAUUUUACUUUUAGUGUACACAAGAAAUUAAAAUAAUUUAAGAGAAAACAUGAUGAUCUCUGCUUGUUU